AGUAAACGCGGAAUCGUUUGUGUUGUCACAUCAUUCAAUCACUUUAUAUAUAAAAAUUUGCAAUUAUAUUGCAAUUUUUGAAUGAGUACAAUGGUGGAGAUUGAAUUAUUUCGCAAACAAACUUUGUCUAUAAUGACAUUGUUGUCAGAAACAGCUCGAGACGAAAUUCAGAAAGUUUUUGACUGUGAAUUUCGCCCAUCCCACAAUGAAAUUGGUUGUGACAGGGAUCCAAUAUUGGAAAUGAAUGAGAAACAACGCAGACUGGCAAAGCUCACAGCUGUGAUGGAGACCUUUACCAACGUGGCUGUUCAAAAAAUAUGCAAAGUCUUCAGUUAUUGCUUUGCUCUUAAGCCAACUCAGCUGAAGGGCUCUAAAAGUUACCAUGAUAAUGUAGUAAAUGUGAAAGAGAUGGUGAAGGAGCAUCUGAAUAAACCAGAAAGAAAAGACAAUCAAACUGUCAAAAAUGUGCCUGAUUCUGCAGCUGUAGCUCCAUCUGUGUCGACGGAGAGACCGAAUAUACUCACUGUGUUACCUGAAGAAAAUGUACAGCCACAAGAUUCGGUUAAAGGCCAGCAGGUCAGUUCAAUGUUGAAAUGAUGUAACUCUGAUGAUUAGUUUGCCAAAAUGCUUGCAACA